AUGCUUCUUCUAGUUGCCCCUUUUCUUCUAUUUUCAUUAGGUUUGUUCUUUUAUACAUUUUAAAAGCUUACAAAAGGUUGAAUUUGCGUUAGAACGGAACAACUGACUCAAAAAAGGCAUGGAAUUUCUAGGUCAAGGUCGAAAUUUAGAUUUUCCUGUGUUUUUUUUUACAUAUCUUUCGAGGGCUCAGUGAUUCAUUCUUUCAAUCUUGAAACUUGAAAAAAGAAAAAAAAAUAAUACUUUUUCUCGGUAUGCUUAUUCCUUGGAAAAUUGUUUGGAUUGAGAAAGUUUACUAGAACCGUAAUAUUUUGAGAACAUUCUAAAUGAAGUUACGGUUGUGUAUUUGUGGGAUGAUUGAAGAAUCUUGUUAGUCGAAUUUCGUGAACGUUUCUAGAGGAUAUUUCGUCAAAAGUUUGGUAAAUGAGUUAUUAUCAAAGCUAAUAAAAAUUUGAUUUUUGAUAAUCAGAAUUUUCAAGUUGACGCGCAGUUGUACGGAGGAGAUGAGCCAUUGGUUAUACCGGUGAAAGGGCAACAGGCCGUUUUUCCGGCGCUGGUCACUGCCGACAACUUCCCGCUCUUCCCCUUCACGGACCAGUUCAACACCGGCGUCGAGUUGAAUCCAGCCAACAAGAUCGUUUGUUUCUUUAUUGUUUUUAGUAAUAUUUGUUUUAUAAUGUAUGAUAUUUUUUAUUUUCGAACGAUUUUUCCAGAUAUUGAAAGUUUCUAUAAAUUCCAAGAAGUGUGUAGAACAGACUUCGGAAGGUCUCCUAAUAGAACUAAAACCGAAAAAGGGGAAAUUCAGAGUAUGGCCGGCGACUUGAUCGUUCCGAUUCCUGGCUGGGGUAAUUUCGACGUCGAUGGCAACGUUUACUUCGGAAACAUCAACUUUGACGCAAAAGUAUGUUGAAUAUCCUGUAUUUCUUCUCAAAUUUCGCUAGGUUGGUUAUCAAAUCCGUCCCACCAACCAUCUCAACAUCAAACCGGAGACUUUGGCGCUUCUCGGCCAGAAUCCUGCUUUCCGGGAAGCGAGAAGUGACCGAUUCGCAAUGGGAAAUGGACAUAUUUUGUUGUUUUGAAGAACACGCAAAGGAGGCUGUCGUCGGUCGGAUUCCUUACGGUUACGAGCCGAUCAAGUGCAAACCUCCAUAUUGUAAUCCGUUCGUCCAUCACACUGGAGUUGCCGUCGAAGUUGAGCCUGGUUAGUUUGUUUCUAUUCCUCUUCUUCUUUUUCUUCUUCUUACGAUUUUGUACCGCUUGACCCAAGUUGUUGAGACAAUUCUGAUAUCAGUUAGGGACAUACCCGUCCUUGUGUGUGACGGCUGGGAAAAUGAAAAAGCGUGUUUUCCGCUAUCAACAUUACUUAAGCCCCUCGGUUGAGUCUCGGCGGAGAUCGAACUUAUGACCCUCCGGACCGUAUAGAAUCGCAAAACCUGUUGCGCUACGGCGCGCCGCUAUUUCUUUUCACCUCCAAAGAUUUUUCACUAUCAACCUCAUAAAAAAAAACGAUUCUUCAGAAAGUUCAAAAAUUUAGGACCGCUUUGAAAUUUCCAGGAGACGAUUCCUUCUUCAUCGGCGGUAUCGACUUUCCCUUGCCGAUCGGAGAAAACGGUGCCGGAGUGCGAUUCCCCCUAUCCGGAGCCGUGGAGCAGGUCAGUGAAGAAGUUCCCCCUUUUUUCUCCUUUUCGAGUACUUGAGACGGAAAAAUUCCCAUCUUCAGGGUACCUCGCCUGUCGCCUACGCACACGGUCACGCCUUCAACCCGGUGUCGCCGUUCGACUUCCGCAAACUCGAUUCAGAUACCGUGCAGCCAGAUUGGCCGUACGCUCCUGGAACAAGAAGACGUGCGCCGCAGAAGCCUGCAGCCAAAUUGUCGGCAGAGGACAAACAAAAGUUCUAUUCAAAGUUCCUUGACAAACUGCCGUCCUAG